UCUGUAUUUUGUCCUGUACAUUUCACAGUGUUAUAAAAACUAGCCUUAAUAAAAUAAAUAUAUUUAGAUUAUAGUCACCACUUUACUCAAUUCUUAGGAUAAAUCCAGGCCGGAGUUUCCUUUUCUCUUUUCCCUCUAUUCUCUCCUUUUGUGCAGUCACUGCUGUCAAAGUAUCUCUUCCGCUCCUCCUCCACCUAGUCGCAGCAUUUGUUUGGCAAUGUUUCUGCCUCAGGUUUUGGAGUCUCGAUGUUUCCGCUCCACCAUUUUCAAUAUAAUUGUACUCCUUUUUAAGUUUUUCUCUCCUACCGCUUGCAAUCCUUUUGUUUUCUUGAUCUUUGCUUCAUACUCCUCGGCUGUCAGUGCUUCGGGCCAGCCAGAAUGGCUGGUUUCUUUCUGGCCGGAAUUAGGAGGUUUCUCCUGAACCUUCGGGGAAAUUGCAUUUUUCCCUGAGGUCCUUGAAGAUUCCUCUUUCUCAAUCAAUCUCUCCAGGAUUGAUUGUGUCUAUUUUAGGCUUCCUGGCUGGGAAAAUUUGAGCUUCAGGAAUGGAGCCCCUGUUCCCUCGCUCUGCUCAUGCUGACAUCACUGGCUGAAGUUGAGCUACAAUUUCUUUUUGCAUGAAGACCGAUGCAAAGAAUGAGUUAAGCAAUUCUGCUUUCUCCCUACUGCCUGUUAUUUCCUUGCCAUCUUCUCUCUUUAAUGGACCUACUGUUUCCUUGAAUUUUUUCUUGUUAUGUUGGAAUAAACUUUUUUUUAUUAUCUUUGACAUUUGAAGCAAGCCUUAGUUCAUUCUGAGCCUUUGCUGACUUCGUCUUUGCGUGUUCUGGCUAUCUGCUUGUAAUCAGCCUUAGUUAUGUGUCCCUCUUUCUGUUUUCUUUUUGUCUUUCAGUUUGUCAGAGAAAUCUUUGUGCAACCAUGAUGGUUUCUUCUUGAAUUUCUUGUUUUUCUUUUUGAGUGGUAUUGCACUAGCCUAGGCUUUUAUGAUUGCAUUUUUCAGAGUUUCCCAUUCUUCUUGAAUUGUUUUCCCCUUUAUGAUUUUCAUCCAUGGAAUCUUUCAUAGGAUCUCUCUGAAUUUGUUAAAAAAUUGGCUCUUUUACAGUUUAAGACGCUGGUUGGAUUAUUUUCUAUUGCUUGUGUUUGCAUUAUAUUGGUUCAAAAUGUAGCAGUUGCAUGGUUUGGUGCAAGUCUAGAUUAGCACACAUCACCUCUCUUGUGGAAACUACACUGGUUGUUGAUUUGCUUCUGGGUCCAAUUAAAGAUGCUGGUUAUCACAUUUAAAGCCUAUAUAGCUUGGGUCCAGGUUAUUUGAAAGACCAUGUUUCCCAUUUAUAUCUAUCCAGCCCACCAAAUCAGGGAGGCAGGGUAUGAUACAGGUCCCUUAAAUCAAGAAGGUUCACCUAUUGGGACCAAUUAGGGGCCUUUUCUGUGGUGGCUCCCUAUUUGCAGAACAUCAUCCCUAAGUGAUAACACUAGCACCCAUCUUCAUAUUCUUUCAAACAGCCCUGAAAUCAUACUUUUGCCAGUGGGUCUGAUGAUCUAAUAUGGAGGCCAUCGGGUGGUGGGCUGUUUGAAUGUUGGUACCAGGGGUGAGGGAGUCUAUUGAGUUUUGUUUGGGGGUGUUAUUCCUUUAACCUGCCUGGCAUCACUGUCUGUGGAUUGGAUGGCAAUAUAAAAUUAUUUAAUAAAUAAAUCAUACAUAGUACACUGAGAUAGAUGUAGUAUGGGUUUAAGGCUUUUUGCUGUCUUUGAAUCAGCGUCGACUCCUGGUGAUUGCCUCAACCACUUCCUACAAGUUUCUUGGUGCGUGGAAGUUUUUUAUAUUUAUUUUCAUGCAGGUAGAGUUGAAGAGCCUUAUGUCAGUAUUACUAAGAAGAGACAGAUGCCAAAAGAUGGACAUUCAGAAGAAGUUGAAAAGGAAGUAGGUCAGGCAGAGGGGAAGCUGUUUACACACAGAUCUGCAUUUAGCCGAGCAUCAGUGAUUCAAGCUUUCCUAGGAUCUGCACCUCAGCUAACACUUCAGCUUUACAUCUGUGUCCUGCAACAAGAGAUCACAGCAGCUAGAAGUAUCUUCAUGGUCCUUUCCCUCCUGUCAAUUGUGUAUGGAGCACUGCGAUGCAAUAUUCUAGCCAUUAAGAUCAAGUAUGACGAUUAUGACAUCAGUGUGAAACCUGCUGCCUACCUUUGCAUUUUCCUCUGGAGGAGCUUUGAGAUUGCAACAAGGGUGAUAGUCCUUGUCCUCUUCAGUUCAGUUCUUCAGAUCUGGAUCCUGCCUGUGGUUCUGGUGAAUUUUUUUGCUUUUUUUUUUUAUCCUUGGAUUCAGUUCUGGCAAAGCAAGUGUACUCUGCCAGAAAACAUAGAGAAGGCCUUGAGCAAAGUAGGCACCACCAUUGUCUUAUGUCUCCUCACUUUCCUGUAUGCUGGCAUUAAUAUGUUUUGCUGGUCAGCGGUGCAGCUGAAGCUUAAUGAUUCUGAUUUAAUUGACAAAUCCCCAAACUGGGGUAGACUGGCUUUGUACUAUUUGCUGAGGUUCUUUGAAAAUGUUUUUCUCUUAAUAAUGUGGUACAUAUACAAGACAGAUGUCUACACAUAUGUAUGUGCUCCAGUGCUGUUCUUACAACUACUGAUUGGCUAUUGCAUAGCUGUCCUUUUUAUGCUUGUGUUCUACCAGUUCUGUCAUCCAUGCAAGAAACUUUUUUCUUCCAAUAUUUAUGAAGGAUUGGUAAUAUGCUUCAAGUUUUUUUGUUAUGUCUGCAAACCUCUGACAUCUGGCAAUUCUGUAGAAAAGGAAAACUUAAAAUCCCCAGAGAAUACUGAAAAUGAUGCCCUGGCUAGUUACAAAGCAAAUGAAUCCCAAAAUGGAAGCACUCAGCAGAGUGUGUCUUCUAAUGCAUAGAGUGGGUAUCUGAGUCUCACAAGACCCUGCAAAAAAUAGCACUUCAGAAUCAUAAAACAGGUAUAAUAAAUGGGAUGUGUCAACAUUAUAUCUUAGACAAUAUUUGUGGGUUUAUCAUAUGCAAUGGGUUUGUACAAAGGUAUUUUCUUUCAAAGUUCUUGUGCUUAUUAAGAUAGAAAGUAUGUUUUCAAAACAAGUUGUUGCGACUUUGGUUUGGUUUUGCAGAAAGUGUGGAUAAUGAUAUGCCAAUCACUCUUAGUUACAGAUUGUGACUAUUGGGAUUAUGCAGUUCACUGAGCAGUGCCCAGAUGCCAAAGGAUCAAAACUUUGCCCCAGUGGUCUUCUCCUAGCUCAUGUAAUACGAUAAUGCAUUGACCAAGUAAUUUACUCCAGAAACAUUCUAGGAUUAAAAAGUGUGAUAGAAAAGGAAGGAGCAGAACGUCAUGGACCUAUUUGUUAUAUUAGGGACAUUCCAAACAAAUCUUGUUUUAUUCUUUGAAAAGUGGCUAAAUUAAUAGACCAGAGAAAUGCUGUGGACAUAGUAUAUUUGGAUUUCAAUAAGGCAUUUGACAAAUUAGAAUACAAUCUACUUUUUGGUAAGUUAAAAAAUGUGAAAUAAACAGCAUCAUCGACAGAUGGAUUUAUAACUGGCUGACAAAUGGCACUCAGCAUAUAGUUCAUAAUGGAACUUCAUCUAUAUGGACGGAAAUAUGCAGUGCAGUGACUUGGGAUUUUGUCUUAGGCCCAGUAACCUUUAACAUUUUCAUAAAUGAUUUAGAUGAAGGAAUAGAAGGGGAACUGAUCAAAUUUGCCAAACUGUUUGCCAAUCAGUUUUGGUUGCCAAAAUAUAAAACAGGUGUUGAGAGUUGAAACUCUAGAAAGAAUGUAGAGAAGCGCAACAAAGAUGAUUUGCGGUUGGAGGCUAAACAUAUGAAGAACAAUUGCAGGAAUUGGGUAUGUCUAGUCUCGUGAAAAGAAGAACCAGGAUGACACGAUAGCAGUGUUCCAAUAUUUGAGUGAUUGCCACAAAGAAGAGGAGAGUCAAUCUGUUCUCCAAAACACCUAAAGGCAAGGCAAGAAGCAAUGGAUGGAAACUAAUCAAGGAGAAAAACAACUGAACAAUUAACCAGUGGACUGUCUUGCCUCCAGAAGUUGUGAGUGCUCCAUUAUUGGAGGUUUUUAAAAAGAUGGGACAACUAUUUGUCUGAAAUGGUAUAGGGUCUCCGGCUUGAGCCGGAGCUGGACUAGAAGACCUCUAAGGUUCUUUCCACCUCUGUUGUUCUGUUUUUCACCUACUAUCAAGUUUAUCUAUGUAGCAAAUGGCAUUAUUUUAUCUGACUCUCAAAACUGUAGCAGGUUUUUUUUUCUGAAUCCAGAACUAAAUAUGGGGAAAUUGCUGAUGUACUAAAUUCAUGAAUUUGGAAAUGCCCUGUUAACAUUUCUUUCAAAGCCAGUGGUGGGAUUCUGCUGAUUCUAGGCGGUUCGGCCGAACCGUUUGUUAACUUGCCAGUUCGUCCCGCCCCUUGCCCCUCCACACCAUUACUUACCGGUGUCUGUUUGCGGCCGCAUGGUGCUUGGAUCGGGUGGCCAGCGAGGUGCUUUAAUCGCUGGCUAGAGAGACGCUUGGAUGCAGGCAAGCUUCGGUCGGUGGGUGCUUUAAUCGCGCAGCGCUUGGAUUGGGUGGGCAGCAGGGUGCAUGGAUCCGAUCCAACAGAAACCAGCCUGCAUCCAAGCGUCUCUCUAGCCAGCGAUUAAAGCGCCUCGCUGACCACGUGGCCCUUCCUUUGCUUCUCCUCCUCCUCUUCUGCACCAAUCGCGAGCAGAAUUCCCGGGCUCACGUGAUCCUUACUCAACUGAGGGGGGUAGGGUAGGUGGCGUCUCUCCACACGCCGCGGUAGCCCCGGCCUCCUUCCUUUCCUCCCUGUCACAUGUUUUUUUGCAGCAUUACCGGUUUCUGGAAACACGUCACAGGGCGCGGGCCUGGCUCCUCAUGCGUCUUGCCCAUUCGGAACUUCGUUUUGAAACCAAAGCCAA